CUAAUUCUCACUAAUUCCCAUCGCCGAACUUCUCAACUUUCAUCCCUUUACAUAACUUAAUUUCAUCUUUUUACAAUAAAUGAUUGUGAUAUGGCGAGCUUCAGUUGACCUUCGUCGGAACUCACCGUUUGAUUUACUAUUAGAAUGAUGAUACAACCAAUCAUUGUGGAAACUGAGGCACAAUGGGCACGGAGAAUGCUGGCUCAUCCAGCGCUUCCGCCGCUCAAGGCGAAGAGCAGCCUCCUCCUUUACCCCCUCGACCUUCAUCAAAAUCGGAAGAUGGAUCAGCUACGGCAAUAAUAGAGAGGCCAAAUUUGCAAUCGAAACCGACUACCGCAAUUUCGUCUAUGAACAUUCAAACACUUUCAUUUCCUGAUGGAUCACGUGGUACAUUCUCAACAGCCACUGGUGAUAACACCGCCGGCACCGAACAAACAUCUACGGCAGCUGAUACCGGAGCGGCAAGCAUUGGAUUCAACCCGAUUAUUAAUGAAAUAGACGAUUCUAUGAGUGUGAUGAGUCUUGCCCCAACCUUACGGCCACCCGGUGAUUUGGAAAGUCUACUUGUUGGGGAUAUGAGCAAGAAAAGUCCCGCUUGGACCCUUUUACGCUCACAGUCUGCGGCCGUGCCACCAUUUGAAGCCAUCAGAAUUGAGGAAGACACGGCCCUUGCCGAUUUCGCCCGCGAAUUCGACGAUAUACCGGAUGAAUCCGAAAAGAAUUGGAACGACGAGGAUAGACUAAAACUUUGGAAAUCCAAGUUAAAGCAUUUCAUGAUUUUGUCCUCAGCGGGCAAGCCGAUUUACAGUAGACAUGGCGAUUUAGGGCUGAUUAACUCAUCGAUGGGGGUUGUACAAACUAUUAUCUCGUUCUAUGAAGGUGCAAAGAACCCUCUUCAGGGUUUCACGGCUGGAAACACGCGGUUUGUUAUCGUGACAGAAGGUCCUCUCUAUUUUGUCGCCAUAAGUAGGCUCGGGGAAAGCGAUUCUCAAUUGAGGGCUCAACUUGACGCUCUCUAUAUGCAAAUCUUAUCUACUCUAACACUCCCAACCCUGACCAACAUCUUCGCAAAUCGACCAUCUACAGAUCUCCGAAAGCCUCUGCAAGGAACAGAGACUCUACUUUCUUCGUUGGCCGAUAGUUUUACACGAGGAUCUCCGUCUGCUCUUCUAGGGGCUUUGGAAUGCCUAAGGCUUCGAAAGUCCCAUCGACACGCUAUUAAUAAUGCGUUCUUAAAGACCCGAACCGAAAAACUGCUAUACGGUUUGAUAGUUGCAGGCGGAAAGCUUGUUAGUGUAAUCCGGCCACGUCGCCAUUCUCUUCAUCCUAGCGACUUACAGCUCAUCUUCAACAUGUUAUUCGAAUCCGGGGGUGUCAAAGCCGGAGGUGGUGAAAAUUGGAUCCCACUCUGCUUACCGGCCUUCAACAAUCGCGGCUAUUUGUAUAUGUAUGUCAGUUUUCUAGAUGUCGAUCCGGAAUCCGAUAGAGACAUGAGCGCUGUUGGGGAAGAGAUUGCGAUCAUCUUAAUAAGUCCGGACAAGGAGAGCUUUUUCGCUCUACAACAAAUGCGAGAUGACGUUGUGGCUGAACUGAAGAAAAGAGGACACCUUGAUAUUAUUAAAACCACAGCUCAGCAAGGGCGUCCAAAAAUUAACGAAAUUGCACCGGGAACGCACGUCAGCCACUUUCUGUUCAAGUCAAGGGCCAACGUCCAAUUCUGCAUGCCAUCGCUUCUCCCCGCUUUUAGUAGUCUCCUCUCACAUCGGAGACUCAUGUCACUUUACCACAGCCUGCAUUCGACAUUACACGCUAAGCAUACUCAUGUGAAGGUGCUACAUUGCGUCGGAGAGGACAGCACUUCUCUUGCAUGGAUUACACCUAUAUUCGAGUUCUAUUGCGUUGCAGGACCCAACGCCUCUCGAGCCGUCAUGACGCAAGGAGCAAAUAAAAUCAUUCAGUGGGCGAAACGUGAGGAGGAACGACUAUUUAUUAUAGGUGGAGGAGUAUUCUAAUUCCUAGACCUCAUAUCCAUUCCCAUUCCCAUUCAACCAUCCGCAUUGCGAUACUUGCCCGGCGCUUCGCUGGAGCACUAGAUAU